UAGGCUGCUACAUAUUUGCUAAUAUGCCUUAUAAGAAUGUGGUCAUGCAAAGUAAUAAGCCUACUGAAAGAUUUCCAGGUUGCCAUGAACAAGAGGCAUUGCCUGUGUGUGUACAUAGGCAACACGGCUUGAUCUAAUCUCAUUAAAUCCACUCUAUAAGGAGGAGUUGUUGCAUCACUGCCUAUUAGCCUCUCUCAAUUUUCAUCAGACACACACCGGUAUCAAUUGUUGGCAUAAAAAAUUCCCCAAAGCAAAAAGUCUAUUCUGUAAGUAUAAUUUCAUUAGGAAGUUACAUGUAAAACAACAAAAUCAUAACAUAUGUUCUAUUAUUUACUAACAUCCAUUUGAAUAUUUCAUCCAAAUAGUUCAAAGUGUUUAAACAGUUUUAAAAUAGAUAGAAGUCAAAUUUCCCUUAAGAAAUCUAUCUUAAAAUAUUAUGAGCAUAUGUCUGGUGUGUUUACAAGGAAACUGAGUUAUAGUAUUUACUAGUUAAUUGAUCUUAAAUUUGAUGUAUAUCUUAUAUCAAAGGUAAAUCAAAAAAUGAAUAUAUAACUAGUUCAUCUUUUUAUCUUUGGAUAAUUUUUUCUCUAGACUCGUGACUAAAAAAUAAUUUUCAUGAUUUUUGCUCAGUCUGUUUAUUAGGGGACUUAGUACCCUUACAAAGUGAUUUACUCAACAUGGACAAUUAUGUAUAUCUUAAGCAUUCCUAUUCACACAUGUUCUGGGACUUUCUGAAAGAUAACCUCAUGCCACGUUAAUUACACCAAAAUUUAAAAUCCCACCAGAAACAUAAUGUCAUGUUCCCAAAAUUCAUCUCAUUUCCUUUCUUGGAGUAUGUACAAAAAGACUUACCAUGCUUCUACAUGCAGUAAUGAGACUUUUAGACAAACUAAUCUUCAGUUGUUCGUUCUUCGUGUCUAAGGCGGCUUUUGUCUAGAAAACUAUUAACCUCUUUCAGCAGUCCCAGUAAUGCUUCAAUCACUCUUGGAAGGCUUAAUAUGAACAUAACUCUGUGUGUGUGUGUGUGCGCACGCGCGUGUGUGACUGAUUCCUUCAUCAAAAAUAUUAAAAAAUCAUUAAGUUGCUUUGUAGGAAGUUGGAUGAGAAGCAGCUCCAUGAGCCUCCUGGAAAGUACAGUGAUCUCUUCAGAGGGGAUUAUAGUGUACUCCCUCCUGAUAUUAUGUAGCAAUUUAUAUCUCUUUCUCUUUGGCACUGCUAUGUAAUUUCCACGGGAAUUAGAUUUACAAGUUAUUUAUUUAGAUUAUUUUGGUGGUAUACAAUUAAUUUUUUUUAUGUUCUCUUGUUUUUGGUAAUUUUUGUUCUUUGAUUUUUUUGGAUUUGUGGAUGCUGAUCUAAGUUAACACCUAUAAUUAUCAAAAUUCCUUAGGAUAAUGUGGUAAUCUCCUUGCUGCAUUUUGCAUUCCUCUUCUUCAAUUUAGGGUAAUGGGCUCUUGAGAAUAAAUGGACACAAAGCUUUUAGGUAUUUUUCCACCUCCUUGCAUUUUCUUAAGCCUUGAGUUCAACCCAAAUUUUGCGUUUCGUUUAGUCUUUAAAGUAUUUUGCAUUCUUGGGUUAGGAAGACUGUAAAUGCUGAAUAAUGACUCACUCUCUUAUAUUCAGGCUUAAAGAAUUCCAAUUAACUUCAUCUUGAAAAGACAGAAAGUGCAUAGCAAGGAGAUUUCUAGAUCUCCAAAAAAUCUUCAACCUCUGCAUUGACUCAGUAUAGCCAUCUCAUUUUAAAAUUCUAAGGUUCAGAAUUUUAAAAAACAUGGCAAGGCCAAUUCUAGUUUCUGGGUAAAGUAUAUAACUUUCUGGAAAUAUAAAGGCAUGACUCCAUGGCUAUAUCUUAGGGUGAUACGUACACUUAUGAGAUUUGUCAUUAUAGCUAUUAGAGAACUCCCAAAGGAAAUCUCUAUAAUGAGUUGUUUUCUAUGCUGUGAGUGUAUUCAGAGAAAAAUAAUUUACUCCUUUGGGAUGUUUCUGGAAACUUUCCUGCACUUUACUAUUAAGGCAACCACAACAGUUAUUAUAAUUUUGUUCUUUCUUUUCUUUGGGGCUGCCAUCUUUUGCUCACCCAAUAUUGUCAGAAAUAGCAAUUGCAGUUUUAUAUCUUUGUUUCAUAAUUUUGUCUUCAAAGCAGAUUCAAAGAAAAAAUAGUCGUAAAAUUUUCUCUUGCCCAAUAAGUCUUUCCCAUCCAAUAAAAUAAAUAAUGCUACUACUCCCUUGAUAUGCUGUGUAAAUCAACUUCAGAAAAUUAUAUUCUCAUCUUAGACAUGAAAUUAUGAAGCACAAAACAAGACCUGUUUUAAGGAAGAGGAACUAAUUAUAUACAAGGAUGUGCUUGAAAAUAAGCAGCAAUCAUGAAAAGUUGUUUGUGUGUUGCAAUCGAAUCCUUCUCAGUUUCAACGAAUUUAGAGUUUAUUGGCACCCACAUAAUUUGCUCUGGAGAUAAUGAUACAACAAGCAAACCAUUUUAUUUUCUCUUUCUUAGCUGAGUGAAUAUAGUUAACAAAAAGAUUUUAUUGUAACCACAGAAAGAGUCUGAGAAUGAAAUUUCUCUUUUCCCCAAAAGAUGUUCAAAACCUGAGAUAUUGAGAGAGAAAACCCGAUUAUUUCAAAUUAGUUGUUUCCCAAAACUUAAAUAAUGGGUGAAUGGUUGAGCUUAGAAUACACAAGAUGGUAUGUUACAAGGAGUAGUCGUUUUUGUCAGCUUUGCUAUUUUUAGAGUGGCUUAAAUUAAGGUAUUGAAUAUAAUUCUUACAAAUGAUGGCACAAUAUUAAAAGACCAGUUAAUUUCAUAAGAUAUUAUAAGAAUUCUCAGUUACGCCGGAGGUUUCCUGUGUCGGUGUUGCCUUGUGCGGCGUGAAUCUGAGGGCAUCGUGUUGAGGAGAUGGGGGCUGCGGUGACUCGCGGGAUAAGGAGUUUCAACCUAGAGAACCCAGCGGAACGGGAAAUCAGCAAGAUGAAGCCCUCUCCCACUCCCAGUCACCCCUCUACCAACAGCCUCCUGCAAGAGCAGAUUAGUCUCUAUCCAGAAAUUAAGGUAGAGAUUGCUCGUAAAGAUGACAAGAUACUGUCAUUUCUAAAAGAUGUAUAUGUUGAUUCCAAAGAUCCUGUGUCUUCCGUGCAGAUAAAAGCUGCUGAAACACGUCAAGAGCCAAAGGAAUUCAGAUUGCCCAAAGGCCAUCACUUUGAUAUAAUAAAUAUUAAGAGCAUUCCCAAAGGCAAAAUUUCCAUUAUAGAAGCAUUGACAUUUCUCAAUAAUCAUAAACGUUAUCAAGAAACAUGGACUGCUGAGAAAAUAGCACAAUACCAUUUAGAACAGAAAGAUGUGAGUUCCCUUCUUAAAUAUUUUGUUACUUUUGAACUCAAAAUCUUCCCUCAUGAAGACAAGAAAGCAAUACAAUCAAAAUGAAGAAAAUUGCAAAAAUUUCCUAUGUGUACUCCUCAUCCCUCAUCCUGUAUAUUAUCUCAUUUUUUGCAUGUUAAAUUAUGUUAACUACCAAGUGUUUAACGCUCUCAUUGUGAGAGCAUAUUCUUAAUAUUUAUCGAGCUCCCUGACUUUUCCAGAUUGCCAUAGAAUAUAUUUUGUUUUCUUUUAAUUUGGUUUGGGCAUAUUUCAUAUGUACAUGUCAGCAUGACUAAUCAGCACAUCUGUACAUUUAUUAUAAGUAAAAGAAUUAAUUUGUUAUUUUAGGCACAUCAUACCAACUUUUAAAUUGAUCAUAUGACCCCUUGGGAAAUGUCCCUGAAUCCCUCAUUUAAGUUUUACUUUCCAAGUUAGGUGUUUAGUUCAUUCUUCAUAUGUGAUAGUGAAGGUAAAAGCUCUCCUGACUCUUAAGACUGACAUUUUCUUGUUAGGGAAAGAGAUACAAUAGAAAGGUAGACUAACAGUAUUUCCCAAAUAAAGGCACACAGUAGAAAACAAUGAAUCUAUAGAAUCUAAUUAAAAUUACUACUCCAGGGAAUAAGAAGUACUGAGGAUUUUUUUUAUUUUGAAUUGGUUUUAAGUACGGAAUAAUUGUCUUUACAGUUAUAAAAGGUAAUUAGUGAUAUUUGCAAAAUGUUGAAAAUUUCUGCUUUGACAAACAAAUAGGUAAGUCCCAUGGCCUUCAGAAAGGCAGGCAGCAGUAGAAAUUUUUGAAAAAGUAAUAUUUUUCUGGAUUUAACAUGGAAUUAGAAAAAUUUAAAGAAUAAUUAAAUCCAAAAACCAUGGUAAAUGAAAUUUGGUGAUUAUAUAUAGUUUUGGAUGUUAAUGCUAGUUGAGAGAAGAGAGAAAAACUAGCAAGUAGAAGCAGAGAACAGGAUCACUGGAAGGGACCUGAGAAAUUGCCGCUUCAUCCAUUUUAGCAAACUUAUUAGCACGGCAUUUAUCAGUCCUAGGAUCUUGAGUGAGAGUGUGUGAGUUUAGCUCUGCCUAUUACAUUAACACUUGUGGGAUCUUUGGGAGACUAUAUCCUCUUUGAGACUGAAUUUCUUCUUUAAAACGAGAAUAAUGCUACCUUACUUAAAUUUAAGGGUUAUCACGAAGAUAAAUGAAAUAGUAAAGGACUACAAAGGACCAAGCAAAUAUGAAAUUUUUUUUGCAGUGGAGAAAAAAGCACCUGGGGAGAAUAUAUGAUGUAAGUUUUCUGUAGUUUAUGACUUAACCAGGCCCAGAACUUAGUUUUCAAAUCCUAGUAGUGUGUUUUUUUCUGUUGUGCCUAAAAGCAGCACACGUCAGAGAAGGGAAAAGGUAUGAAUUGUGGUAUAUUGGGGUUGUCAGUGCUUCUGAGGGAAGAUAGGCAUCACUGCUUCCCAGAGAUGCCCCUGGAAAUGAUAUAGAAGAUGCUGAGGAAUUCAACAUGAUGACGGAAUGAGGUAUUUGUAGUAAUCCUGAGAAAAGAAAAAUAGACUAAGUGGAAAAUUUGUAAGCAUGUCUUUGAAUGUAGAUUUGUUAUGUGAACAAACUACUAGUUAAUUUUUAGUUCAAUACAGUAAUUGUUUUAAGAAAACAUGAAAUAACUUCUCAAUAUAAAAUGCAUUUUAAAACUCUUGUAAAUAAGUCAAAACUUUAUUCCUUUUAUCAUAAUGGUUGCUAAUUGAGUCACUAAUACUAGUACACUCUAUUUCUGAGCCAUCUUUCCUACUCAUAUCUGCAUUGUGUGGUUAGGCAGCUGUUAUGUGGCGUCACAUGAUAAUAUAAAGGAUUUCUUCCCAUACCGUUAAAAAAAAAAAAAAAAGAAUUCUUAGUUUCACAAGAGACUUCUGAGAGACUAAUUAAGAAAUUAUCUCAAAUGUAUUAUUGAACAAAAUAAUUAUUUAUCAUAAGUGUUACUCCAAAGACUCUAACCAUUAGGUAUAGAUGCACUUUUCUGAAUGUUGAAAGAUUGAUUGUAUUAACAAAUGAAAAAAAUCAUCUAUUUCAUUUUAUUUCUGAAGAGGAAGUAGUCUCUCCUUUGGCAUUUCUUUUUUGUUUCCUAGUCAGAUUUAACUUGAAGUCAAAUUAAUUCAAAUAAAUGAAAAUAGUUAAACGUCAUACAAUUAAAGCAUAAGGGAAGAUAGCAUGAACAAUGGAGACAUGACGGAUUUGUCAAUGGAACUUUUUUUUUUUUUUUUUGGAGACAGAGUCUCACCCUGUCACCCAGGUUGAAGUGAAGUAGAAGCAUCACAGAUCACUGCAGCCUUGAACUCCCGGGCUAAAGCAAUCCUCCUGCUUCAGCCUUCUGAGUAGCUGGGACCACAGGCAUGCACCACCAUGACGGCUGAUUUUGUCUGUUUUUUUGUAGAGACAGGGCUUCACUUUGUUGCCCAGGAGUUUGCCGGGUCUCAAACUCCUGGGCUCAAGUGAUCCUUCCACGUUGGCCUCCCAAAAUGCUAGCAUUAUAGGCAUGAGCCACCGUGCGUAGCCAGUGGAAUUUUUUAGAAGGCUAUUGGAAAAUACAAAUUUAAAAAUUGGUAGAAAUGAAGAAAGACUUUCUUGGCUAAAUUUACAUGAAUCUAUAUACUAUGGAAGCAGAAGUGAUGGAAUGAUUUCAAGGUAAAAUGUACCAUUUAAUUACACAUAUUUGGAACUGGAACUUUCUAACACCCUACCACCUCUGUAGCUAUGUAAACUUGCUAUGGUGCCUAAAACAGUUUGAAUCAAUACAGGUGAAUAGCAUCUAUGUUUUUAUUUGCUUAACUAUUUAUAUUCUCUCUCAUCCAUUUAACAUAAACUUAUUGAGCAUGUGCCAUAUGUCAUGCUAAUCCUUCCUGGUUUCAAUUAACUUCGAGAGUGUGUUGGUACUCACAUAAUUUACUCUGGAGAUAAUGAUAUAACAAGCAAACCAUUUUAUUUUCUCUUGCUUAGCGGAGUGAAUAUAGUCCUCCUGUAUUAGGUGCUAGGGGAGAGACAAAGAUCAAUAAAACACAAACUUACCCUUCAUUAGCUCACAGAGUCAGUGGAGAAAGUAACAUGUUAAUAGUAUUAUAAGAGCAAUAACAGAAGUAUGUAUAAAAAUCAGUGUUCUUACAGAAUAGUGGUUGAUUUGCUCUAAACAAGACCAGAAAAGAAUUAAUCUGAGCUGGGCUUUUUAUUUUUUAGUUUUAGUUUAUUGACAAACAAUAAUUGCAUAUAUUUAUGGGGUACAAUGUGAUGCUUUAAUAAAUAUAUACAUUGUGGAAUGAGCAAAUCAAGCUAAUUAGCAUCUCUAUCACCUCCUAUACCUGUUGUUUCUUUGUGGUGAGAACACCUAAAUCAAUUUUUAGCAAUUUUAAAUAUACAAUAUAUUAUUAUUAACUAUAGUCAUCUUGCUGUACAAUAGAUUACCAGAACUCAUUCUUGGUGUCUAACUAAAGCUUUGCACCUUUUGACCAACAUUUCCCCUUUUCACACCCAUUCCCCAUGCUCAGCCUCUGGUAAUCACCAUUCUACCUUCUAUUUGUACAAGUUCAACUUUUUAUAUAUUUUUACUUUUAUUUUUUGCAUUUUUAAUUUUUGUGGGCACAUAGUAGGUAUAUAUAUUUAUGGGGUACACGAGAUGUUUUGAUACAGGCAUGCAAGGCAUGAUAAUCACAUCAUGGAGAAUGGGGUAUCUAUCCCUUCAAGCAUUUAUCCUUAGAAUUACAAACAACCCAAUGACACACUUUCAGUUCUUUUUAAAUGUACAAUUAAGUUAUUAUUGACUAUAGUCACCCUGUUGUGCUAUCAAAUUCUAAGUCUAAUUCAUUCUUUCUAUUAUUUUUGUACCCAUUAGCCAUCCCCACCUGCCCCCUACUUCUCCCAUCCUUCCCAGCUUUUGGUAACCAUCGAGUUCAAUUUUUUAGAUUCUACAUAUAAGUGAGAUCAUGCUUCAAAGCAUCAUUAACAGGAACCGACAGCCAACUGAAUCUUGAAAGGCCUAUGUGAGUGUGACAGACAAAAUUUCAAGAAGGUGUAGGAUGAGAAAAUGCAUAGAAACAUGGAAAUAAAUUGGUUUAUUCAGUGAGAGAGAAAAAAAUAAGAAAAGAGUGGCAAGAAUAGAACCCUGGGAAUCACCAGUAUCUCAGGGAACUAAGCAAAUGGGGAAAGAGGAGUCAGAGAAACAGAAAACCAGGAUAGAGCCAUGUUUCUGAAGCCAAGGGAGGAGAAAACGGUCAGAACGAAGUAGGCGAUAUCUCAAUGCUGGGGAAAUGGCAACUAAGAUAAGCUUAAAAAUUAUCUGUUAUGCACAGCAUUAGGAGACCAGCAGUGUUUUUCCAAGAGCGGUUUUAGGAGAGUGAAGAGGGCCAGGUCGCUAACUUCAUUUCCUGUUUUUAAAGAAAACUGAAGAUAAAAAUAAGACAUCCACCAUUAGAAAUUUACUCAACUUCUAUUUAGGGACAUAAAAUAUAAGUACCUUUAUUAUAUGAGUUAGCCCUGUGCUACUACACAGUUAGCAUUAUGCAGUGGUAACUAUAAACAGAAAGGAUAAGUUUUGACGGAGGCUGGCAGAGGGGUAGGGACAAUAUGGGGCUCUCUACAGAUAAGAGACCCCAAGACUGAGAAAGGGACACUAUGGAAACUGUAUGAACGAGUAUAAUAUGAAAUUUACAAUUUCACUAAGUGUAAUCUAACAUAAGCACAAUCUUUAUAAAUGAAAGCACUUGGGGAUUACUCUAUUUCGAGGGUGACAUUCUAUCACCUCUAAACAGGGAGAAUGCUUUUCCAUCAGGGCAGUUCCAUGAAAGUUGAAACAACUGACAUGACCGAAAAGAGAAAAUUUGGAAAAUUAAGGAUGUUGAGAAUAUUUAGAUGCAUUUAAGUAUUUAGCACUCUGUGAGGUUGGUUUUUUUUUAACAUUACUUUCUCCUUAGAAAUCAAAAAAUUAAAUACAUUCAAUGAGAUGUCAUUCUACAAUAUUAUUUGCAAAUAUGUCAUGCAGCCAAUUUUAUUUUCUGGAGAUCAGCAGAAAUUACUGGUCCUGAGAGUGAUUCUCUUUUGUUUAAAUUUGGCCUUAAGUAUGUUUCUAAUAAUAUGGAUGUUGUUAUCAAGGAAACCAUUGUAUUCUUGCUAUUUUACUCACUGCAUCCCUACUCAGGUCCCCGCAUUCUUUGACUUCCACAACAGAAAUGUGUGGACUCACAUGUUAUUUUCUGUAAUUUAAAAGACCCAAUAAAAGUUAUAUAUUUAGCUGUCAUAGGACAACACAAACUACUGUCUAGCAAAUGUAGUUUGUUGUGCCAAAAAAAAAAAAAAAACAAACAAACAAAAAAAAACCACUCUUAAAGCCCAAGUUUAUGAGAGAAACAAAUAAUGGUAAAAGGGUACUUUUUUGGAGAAAAAGUUUGGGAAAACAACAUUUUAUGCUAUUUAAAAUUCAUGCUAACAAACAAAAAUCAAUAGCUUGACAGACUCAAAGUUCAAAUCAACAGGAGAUGUGAUUUAAGUUACAUCUAUCUACAUUUAGGACAUUUGGCAAUUUAGUAUCUCUGUUUCCAAUAAAGGUCAAAAAAUUUCCUUUUCCAAAUUAAAAAGCAAGAUUAGGAAAGAAAAGACUCUUAACUGAACUAUAAACUCUUCCACAUGUUUCUAAGAAAUGGGGAAUUGAUAAAACCUUCUUAAAAUUUAAUGAAAUAUUAUAUUUAAUAGAGAAAAGUGCACUAACUCAAAAUUCAACCAGUCUCUUUUCCUGAAUUGAAUUCACACAUAGAAACUAAAUAAUAUGAGACUCUGCAUUAAGGAAAGAUCAUGUGAAAUGCUUCGAAAAGGUACAUUGCCCGAUGUAUACAUUUUUUACACUAUUUAUCUAUAUUUCUUGUCUUCCUUUCCUUUAGCAAGCAGGACAGGAUAUACAAACAUAAAGAUAUAUUACUAUGUUCUGAUCACCAUCAGUGCAGGUAACUAAUAACUAUCUGUCCUUGGACAAAAAAUGACUCUGAUUAUACAUCAAAGAUAACUGAAGAUCUGUUGAUCUAACAGUAGAUCUCUCAAUUGUAUUCCACUCCUGGUGAAAGGUGAGAUUUACCUAAACAGAAAUAACCAUAAAAGCUGAAUUUGGUCUAUUCUUCCUAAUGUUCUUUGCAUCCUUUAACACUUUCUGCAGUCACCACUGGAGCUGUAUAGCAGCAAAUCAAAUUCAAUGGACUGUAUAUGAAAAAAAAUCAGCAGAUCAGCAAUUUAUAUAGAAUUCUCCACUUCUACUUUGUAAUAUUACUCAUUGCUCUUUCAGCUUGGUUUCACCUUGGUUUCCACUCUUCAUCCCAUAUCCAUAGAAAGGUGACAUAAUUUGAAUGUUUACCCUGCCUCUUAUGGUACAUUCCUAAAAAAACACUGCAUUGGCUCCUUGCGUGUGGACAAUGUAUACCUCAAUCCACAGGAACUCAGACAUGAAAUUUCCAGCACAAACAACAUUAUUUAGUAGGUUAAUUCCAGUCCCAGAUGAGUACCCAGCCCAGGAAUGGAAUAGUUUUAAUUUGUAAGAGGAAAAUAUCAAACCGGCUAUAACUCUUCUCCAUUCAGUUUCAGGGACUCACUGCCACCAAUCUGAGUCAACUUUGGUUAUUUUGAUAAUUAGUCUUGCAUGAGCUGUUCAGUCUUAAAAGUUUUGGCAUGGGCAUGUAGAAGUUUCCUUAUUUUAAUAGAGGGGUAGUUUGUAUCAGCAUAACCACCCUGCAGAUACUAACUAUAAACUCUGGACCAAACAGAAAAAAAAAUCACUAAUUUUGACUUUUCUUCACAGGUCAGGUCAUUAAACCCUGUGGGAGUAAAACUAUAGAGUUUGUGGCAGUCAUUAUAACUGGAAAGUAAGGGACAAACCCCCAAAUGAGAAAGCCACAAGAGGAAAGCACAAAAACACAAAGUGGUCACCUGAACCAUGUGCAUAGGAGAGAUUGCAGGAAGCCCUCUGUAAAUACCAGUUGAAAGUCUGAAAGAAAUGAGCGGAUAUUUUAACUCCUGCCCUCAACAGAGGAGACAAAAAUGGAGACUGAGGUCAGCUAAGUUGUCUUUCUGUUAGAACAAAAUCAAUAUUUUUUUUCAGAAGGAAAUAACCUAAGGUCUCUAUAGCAUAUCAUACAUAUUACUAACAUUAAAAAGAUGGACAAUGCCAAGUCUUGGUGAGAAUGUUGUGCAGCUAAAAGUCUCAUACGCUGAUAAAUGGAUUAUAAAGUGAAGCAACCACUUUGGAGAACAGUUUUGUAGUUUCCUAAAAAGUUGAACAUACAACUACCAUAUGACUCAGCCACUCCCUUGCUACGUAUUUACAGAAGAGAAAAAUAUAUCUGUGUACAUACAAAAUUUGUAAACAAAUGUCCAUAGAAGUUUUACUGUAAUAACCCCCAAAUCAGAAAUGUUCCAAAUGUCUACCAACAGGUGAAUGGAUAAAUUAUGGCAUAUCCAUACACACAAAAACAUAGAUGAACAUCAAGAUAAAAAUGCUGAGUGAAAAAAGAUAAAGAAUAAUAUACUGUAUGAUUUUAUAUAUACAUAUAUACACACACAUACACACUCACACACACAUUUCAUAUAUUUCUAGAUAAUACAAAAUAACCCAUAGUGGGGGAUAAAAGCAGAUUUGUAAUUCCUUGGGGAAGCAGAGCAGUGGAUGGAUGGAUAGACUGAUAGAUUACAAAGAAUCAUACAGAAAGAAAACUUAAAGGUAGUAGAUAUGAUGAGUAGAUAUUAUCUUGAUUUUGGUGAUAGUUUUAUAUGUGUUUAUAUGCAUAUAUUUGAAUACCAUAAAUAUGUGCAGUUUAUUGAAUGUCAAUUACACUUCAAUAAAGUUAUAAACGGUUACUAUAAACAUAAUAAAAAAAGGACUGAAAUUAAUUAAGUAUAAAACAGAGAAACAAUGGAUACAAUUAAGAAAGCCAAAAAUUUAUUCCUUGAAAAUAUUUAUAACAUGUCUAAAUAUAUAGGAAGUUUGAUUUUAAAAGAAAGGGAACAAAUACAAAUAACCAUUAUCAGGAAUAACAAACGAGAUUCUGCAGGCACUCUAAGGAUGGUAAGAAAAUAUUAUAAACAGUUCUAUGCCAAUAAAUUUGACCAUUUAUAUGAAAUAGAACAUUUUUUAAACACAAUUUACCAAAACUCUUUCAAGAAGGAAUAACCAAAAAAGGUCUCAACAAAACAUAGGAGAUGGUCUUUACCAUCAAGGAGUAUGAAAAGAUUUUUUAGUCUGGAAACAGAAAAUUUAAAAAAAAAAGAAAAAAUGAUAAAUUAGACUUAAUUGACAAUAAAACUUAUACUUAUCAAAAGACAUUAUUAAGAAAAUGAGUAGUCAAGCCACAGACUGGGAGAAAAUACUUGCAUAACACAUAUCUGACAAUGGAUUUAUAUCCAGGGUAUAUUUUAAAACUCCUGCACCUCAAUAAUAGAAAGACAAACAACUUAAUUUAAAAGGUAAAAAAGACUUGAACAAGCAUUUCACAUAAGAAGAUAUAAAAAUGGCCCAAAAGCCCAUGGAAAAUUGCUCAACAACACUGAUCAUUAGGGAAAUGCCAAUUAAAAGCAUAGUGAGAUAGUGCUACUAGAAUGACCAAAAUUAAAAAGACUAACAACUUUAAGUGUUGGCAAAAAUGUAAAGUAAUCAAAACUUUUGUAUGUUGCUGAGGGUAUAAAAAAAUAAAGCCAUGUUGGAGUACUGUUUGGCAGUUUUUGAAAUAAUUUUGAACAUUCACCAAUAACCCAACAAUUCUCUUCCUAAAGUUUUCCCAAAAGAAAUAAAACUUACCCUUUAAAUACUUGCACAGAUUAUUCACAGCAGAUUUAUUCAAAGUAGCCAAACACAGGAAAUAAUAUAAAUGUCCAUCAACAAGGGAGCGGAAAAAUAAAUUGUAGAAUAUUCAUAUGAUGGAAUAGCACUCAACAAUGAAAAAUGACUCAUAUACACUAUCUCACAGAUACUAUGUUAAGUAAAAGCAGCUGGACACAAAACAGUGCAUACUGUAUGGCUCCAUUUCAUGAAGCUCUAGAAAAAAGAAACUAGAGGGGAAAAUAUCACAUAACUGGUAUCCUAGGGAGGGUGUAAUUGUGUGGUAAGGUCUGGAAAAAUAACAUUUUUGGAUGAUAAAAAUAUUUUUGUUAUCUUCAUAGAGGUAUGAAUUACAUGAUUCAACUGAUUUAUCAAAACUUAUUAUAUUAUACUCUAUAGAAUUAUGCAUUUCAUUUUAUGUAAACCUUACCUGAAAAAAACUGGAAACAAAAAUAAAAGAAAUGAAUAAAUACAAGAGUAGGUCUUACAUCGUGAAGACAAUAAAUAUACAUCUGUGAAUGAUUAAAACUGUCAUGAUGCUAUGCAAAUGGAUACCUGUAGCUUAGGGUAAAGUAUUCAGUGACCACACUACCCAUGGAUUCACUGUGCUACUUCUCAAUCUGGACAGAAGUGGAAAUGAUGCAAUAUGACCAAUGUAAUUGAUUCAAAACAUGCUUCCUAGAAAGACACCAAUUUUGUAGAUGUGAAGAGUUUGAAGAAUUGUUUCAUGAGAUAUAAAUAGAAAAAAAAUAUUUGCAAGCAUCUAUAUAAACUUAUUCACCCUUUAUCUUCUUAAAUAAGAAAAUAAUUCAAAUGUUUCUAGAAAGGGUAAGGCUGUGUGCUGCAAUUAUUCAAUUUUAUGACAGGUCAACCCUGAGUAUUCAUUUUCCUAAGAAUCUAUCUUUAGAGACAUUUCCCAGGAGAAAAAUUUUAAAAGUGGGAUUUUUUUUUAAUCUGAUCUUCAGUCUCUUUCUUCUCCAGUCAUACUGGCAUGAGAGAUGGAGGCAGAGCUCAUCCCUUCCCCACUUCUGAUGUUUUCCCUUCCUGCUAGCGCAAUGAUGUUUCAGCAUGUUUCACACUUGAGUCCCUGCGGACUGCGCAUCACUCAGGGAAAGCUCUGGCCCAAGAGGUAAGCAUCACCCCAGAAGUCUGUCUGAACUGAAUAAAGCACAUCCUGAUGCUCUAGCUGGAGGUUUACAAGUGGUCCCUCCCAGUGGACAUGCUUCUUCUUACAUUCACCACCACUCCCAGGGCAAUUUUCUAUUUGGCAUUAGUCUGCUACAUGACAAAAUGUACUAAUCUGCAUAAUUACCUAAAAUUCUUUGGCAACACUGGAUAACUGCUGUUACCAUCCUCCUGACACACUAAUGCUGCAUCCAAACAUAAAUGGGACCUGCGUCUGUCAUAUGCCUUUGGUAGAGGCAGGAGGAGGCCCUAGGUGAGAUGCUUUUCAGACUCCCUUGCUUAGGAGGAAUUUGAUGAUACCUGUGCUGUUUAUGGUGGUCUCCUACCCAAGUAGUAGAUGAAGCAUUAAAGGCUUUCCCCCUCUCCUUAUAUGAGAAUGCAAACUAAUUCCUUCACCAAAAAUUGCCUAAUAAAUAUUAACUCAUGUUCAUUCAUACCUACAUGCCUUCAGCGUCUGACCUCCCUGAAUCUAUGCCAGCACCAGGUGCAUUUGUUUCCAAAGUACCACCUUUAUCAGGAAGACAUAUAUCCAUUCCUGUGAAAUUGCACAAAUAUAUCACCCUAAAACACUGGAGAAUCUUGUCCCAGGCCUUCAUAAAAUCUUGUCCCAGAACCUCUCACUCCACCUGAAAGUGUCCCUCAUCAUGCCUUCUCUCUGCCCUUCUCUCUGGGAGGGUGGAUGCAUCAGCCACUCCCCUUCAGUCCAACCCAUCUCAGGCUUGUUUUGCAACUAAGAAAAGCUGACUGCUCCAUAACGUCUGAACCCAUGGCCUUGCAAGCUGAACAAACUGAUCUAAGACGAUUAUGCUACCACACCAUUAAAUAAUGCAAAACUCACUGAUCUACAAAACAUGAUUUAUGCAUUGGGAAGUAUGAGCCUCAGCAUGAGCAAUCUAAAUCUCUCUUUAAUUAUACUUGGCAUUACAAAGAAAGAAAAUAUAUUUUUCCCUUUUUUACAUAAGAAAAAAUGUUAUCCUAAAAGAACAAAGUUGAUUUUUUUCUCCUAACAAAUGUAGUUUUGCAAUUUCUAUAGAAAAUCAAAGUAACUAUUUGUAAUCAUCCACUAUUCAUAGUCUAGGAAAAGCUUUAAUAAGAAAAGGCAAAAAGCAAUCAUUAUUACAUGCUAACUUGUACUUCCUAACUCCCUUUCCCUUUGAACCUUCAUUAUAAACCUAACAAAUCUGAAACUCCAUAGAACUUAUACUGAUCUUCUUUCUCCUUCUGUGUGAUUGAUGGUCAUGAACUUCACAUUUCCUGCUCUGAUUUCUCUCAGGAAGAAAGAAUGUUUGUAGCAUUUGAUUCAUAAGUUACAUAGAGAACAAGCACUAUCUGUACAAACUUCUGUGGUUCAGGUAGUGAUUAUUAAUCUCUAGGUAAGAAUGAAAACAUGGCACAUAGAGGAAGGCAAACUAGUUAUUUCUUGCUCAAAAUAAGUAACUAUAGAGAAUAAGCAAGAAGCAACACACUUAGACACAAAUAAACUUCUGCUUUUUAUUCCCCCAAAAGGAAUAUUUGGCCAUUUACAUGAUGAGGUAAUUGUCCCUUAAAUAUAUGAUUUUCAAUUCUUAUUUACAAACCAAUGAAUUCGACCUGAAAUAAAAGAGCCUAUAAUAUAACCAGAUGAUGAAGAUUUGAAAUGUGAUUGCUUCCUAGAAAUUCAUUUAUUUAUUCAUUCAAAGAAUAGGUAUUGAUUGCUAAUAAUUUGUAUGGCACUAUUCUAAGCAUUUAAAUUUACAGGGAGAAACAGAAACAAUAAGAAAGCUUUCAGUGCAUAUGAUGGAAAUUUCUAAAACCCUCAGAAAAGACGGCUAGGCUAUGAAGAAUAAAGUCUAGGCCCCACUGGCCAAACUUUAAUAGAUUAUGUAAUCUAUACUUUACUUCCUUCAUCACAAAAUGGUUUAAUAAUUUAUUUAAUAUACACCUCCGAGGAAUUUACAUAUUUCAAAAAGAAAUACAAAUCUGUAUAAUUAUACAAUGAAGUCACUUACAAGAUAUCAGAAUAAAUAAGAUACAGAGCAACUAGAAUUCUUACACUGCUAAUGGUGGUGCAAAUUAUUACCACCUCUUAGAAAACAAAUGGUAAUUAUCUUGCAAAAUUGAACAUAAGCAGUCUGUACAACCUAGCUGCAGCAGAACUCACUAACAGAACCACUAAAUAUUUACGCUCCAUUUCUAUAGUGUACAUGUGUGGUUGGGAAACUGCUGUCCAGCCAGAAACUAGGUUUCCCAGCUUUCUCACAUCUAGUCAGGAUCAUGAGAUUACUUCCAGCCAAUUGAGUGUGAACAGAAUCCAUAAGUGUCAUUUCCAAGCCAAAGUGGUGAUCUUCUGUGUCUUCUUCAGGAUGUCUUCCAAGGCUACUAUAACACCAAGUGCUGAGGAUUUUAGCAGCACAAUUUGUGGCAAUCUGUCCAAGAGAACCAAUUAACCAGGAAUAUUCACAUGGGGUUUGCAGUGAGUUAGAAGCAAUAUUUGUAGUGUUCAGUUAGUGAGAUUUUGCAGUAGCUUCUAUCAGCAGCUGAUCUACCCUAAGAUACACUGAGCAAUUCCAUUCUUAGCUUUGCCUCUGAGAAGCUCUUGUAUAUGUGAAGGAGAAGAUAUGUUGAAGAAUAUUCAUAGUAAUAUUGUUUGUAAUAGCCAAAAUAUGAAAAAAGUUUAAAUGCUCUUCAUAAGAAAAUAGAUAAAUAAUUGUCAUGUAUUUAUAUAAAAUUCUAUACGGCAGUGCAAAUACACGAAUUCAUUAAAACACAUCACCUUGGAUGAAAAAAGAAGAUAAAUUGUGAGUGAAAAACUUUGUUGAAGAAUAGAUACAGUAUAAUUCCAUUUACAAAACGUUCAAAAACAUGCAAAACUAAACAAAAUUUAGAGGUACAUCCAUAUGUAGUGAAUUAUAAAGAAAAAGGAUAGAAUAAUGAACACAACAUUAUGAAAGUAGUUGUAACUGAGAGGAGAGAAAAUGAACACAAUCGGGAAGAGGCACACAAAGGACUUGAGAAUCAAUGGUAACAUUCUUUCUGAAUUCCCUCUGUAAUCAGGUCAUAGAACUUAAUCUUAGCAUCUUGGAGUUCAUCUAACUUUUUCUCAGGUUGUAUCCAAGCUGCUGGAGGCUCAUAUCAUCCCAGAGUCUUAGAGGGGGCACCUCUGAUCUCCAGGGUUAUGAACAGCUGUGCAUUGCCCUGCUGAGAUUUCCUUAUUCUUCUGUGGUUCCCAACUGCCAGCCACAUGGAUCCCUUUGAAUCAUUCCUCAUUGCUACUGCAAGGAGUCAGAUUGGGCUCUGUUCCUCACAUUUUAGUCCCAUUCCUUGGUGCAGUGAAAUCAUCAGCUGUUCCCGUAAGAUAUGAGGCUAUCUAAAGUUUUGUGUUUCUUUUUAGGAGUUGGAAGUCUAACUCUGCCUCACUACAUUCUUUUUCUAUAGUUAUGAGUUAUCUCAGGGCCCAGGCUUUCGAAACAAUAAAACUUUUUUUCUCAUUUUUUGUUGUAACACCUAUUCCUGAAAAUGUCACACAAUCUAGCUCCUGUGAAUGGGGAGAAAGAUCAAGGUAAAAGAAUGUGUGAAUAUUUCCAAAUAGUAUCCCAUCAGAGUUGUUUCGAUGGUGUGAUUGUAUUAAUGAGACAAUACUCCUUGUGAGGAACAAACAUUUCCCCAAGCCACAUUCUGGAGAUGAACGGUGAAGGGCCAUGUGAAGACACAUUGACAGUAACUGAAAAGGAAAAGAUGUUUAAGCUUCUAAGCAGCUCUGCAGAUGGGAUUUUAUCAAUCUCUCUAUCUUGCCUCUCAUAAACUCCUUUAUUAUUUCUACUCUCUUCUUCAUGUUUGUACCAACUUCUAUAACUGCUGAUUAUACAGUUUUAUACAAAUUCUCUGCUCAAAAUUUUUAGAUGGAACAAAUCUGAUUGAUUUAAGAAAUUUCUGCAUUGAGCAAUGCUCUUCCAUAUUUGACCAAUACACAGUCAAUAGUCUACAUUUAGUCUGCUCUUUGUCUGGAUAUGCCUUUGUUAAACCAGUGGGCACCCUGCCACAAAGAGCAGCCCAACACUGCACAUUUUCUGAAUAAAUAGGAAGUAUAGUUUCAGGUAGACCAAGAGAAAAUUAUUUUAGGUACCAUGUCAAGGGUUGCACACAGAUCAUGAAAUCAAGAGUAGAUGAAUGAGACUAAGUUUAGACAAGGUGACAUGGAUGCAUUUCUCCCUGCUCCUUUCUACUAAGCACAAGUAUAAUCCCUUUGAUAAUAUGAGGAGCAACUAAAGGAAGCCCUGAAAGGUGGUAUGAAGAAAGCAAGAUGGUUUAGGGACCUAGGAUUAGAGGAAUUACACAGCAACAGGUACACAAAUCCAUUCCAAGCAACAAACGAGGAUAAAUCAGACCCAUUAUUUCCUGAACUCCAACUUUCCAACGGAAGGCAGCUCAUGAAGGUUCAUUCUUUUGUGAAAUUUAAUAGAAAUCCCUUUAACAUCAGGUUAGCCUGACAAUAUUUUCAAAUAGAAUUGACCCAGGCAACCAUAAGUGGCUUCCAGGGUAAUUAUAGAACUAACAGUACAAUAACAAAAAGAAAUAAUUCUGAACUGGGAGGCAGAACUUGCGGUGAGCCGAGAUUGUGCCAUUGCACUCCAACCUGGGCCACAGGGCAAGACUCCAUCUCAACAACAACAACAAAAUACAAAAAAAAAAAAAAACCCACAAAUAAUUAACUGGAUGGACUCAGUAGUACAGUGGAUAUGAAAGAGCAUAGAAUCAAUAAACUUGAGAACAGAUGAAUAGAAUUCACCCCAUCUGAAAAACACAGAGAAAACAGACUAAAAAGAUAAACAGAGCCUCAGAGACCUGUGGGUCCAUAACAAAAGAUACAAAUUUCAUAUCAUUGGAAUCUAGGAAGGAAGGAGAGCAAGACUGAAAGAAUAUUUCAAGAAACAAUGGCUCAAAACUUCUCACGUUUGGUAAAAGCAUGAACAGAUGCUUCAUGCUUGAACAGAUGAACAAAUUCAAGAAGCUAUGGAAUUCCAAAUAAGACAAAUGCAAAGAAAUCCAUACCACCACAAUAAACUUCUGAAAACUAAAGACAAAACAUCUCAGAAGGAAAUAUUGUCCACAUGGAACAUCAAUUUGUGUGACAAAGGAUUACUUAUCUAAAACCAUGGAGGCCAGAAGAAAGUAGGACUGCUCCUGACUUCUCUUAGGAAGAAAAAUUGUUUGUAGUAUUUGACUCAUAAGUUUCAUAGGCAACAAGCACUAUCUGUACAAGCCUCUGUGGUUCAGGUAGUGAUAAUUAAUCCCUAGGUAAGAAUGAAAACAUGGCACAUAGAGGAAGCCAAACAAGUUAUUUCUUGCUCAAAAUAAAUAACUAUACUGAAUAAGCGAGAAGAAACACACCUCUUAGCAAUGUGUUUUAGGUGCUGAAAGAAAAUAACUUUCAAAUGCAACUUCUAUAUCCAGAAAAUUAUCCUUUAUAAAUUAAAGAAAAAUAAAGUCAUCUCAGAUGAAGAAAAACCAGAAUUUUUUUCCUAGCAGACCUACCCUUAAAGACUGGCUAAUGCAUAUACUUCAGAUAUAAAGGAAAUCAUCUAAAAAAAGAAUCCUAGAGUAUCAGAAAGGAAGAAGUAACAACAGAAAGAGAAGAAAUAGUAUAUAUAAAAAACUAUCAUUCCCUCUCAUCAGUUUUAUAAAUCACAU